AUGAAGAGAAAGGUAUUGUUGAUGGGCAGAAGUGAGUCUGGAAAGACUUCAAUGAGAUCUAUUAUCUUUGCCAAUUAUAUAGCUAGAGAUACUAUGCGUUUAGGUGUUACAAUCGACGUUGAACAUAGUCAUGUCAGAUUCCUUGGUAAUUUGGUAUUGAAUCUCUGGGAUUGUGGAGGACAAGAAGGUUUUGUAGAGAGUUACUUAACCACACAGAGAGAUCACAUCUUUAGAAACGUCGAGGUGUUGAUCUACGUCUUUGAUAUCGAGAGUCGUGAACACCAGAAGGAUCUCAAGAACUUCAAGUCAUGUCUCGAAGCCAUCAAACAAAACUCGAACGACGCCAAGAUCUUCUGUCUCAUUCACAAGAUGGAUUUGGUACCAGAGGACCAACGUGAUUCACUCUUCAAACAACGUGAAGCUGAACUCAAACAACUCUCACUCCCACUCAAAGUAACAUGCUUCAGAACUUCCAUUUGGGAUGAAACUCUCUACAAGGCAUGGUCAUCAAUUGUAUAUUCAUUGAUUCCAAACGUCAAGGUUUUGGAACACCAUUUGGAUAAGUUUUGUAAGAUUUGUGAAGCCGAUGAAGUUGUGCUGUUUGAGAAGGCAACAUUCUUGGUGAUUUCACACUCCGAUCGUAAGCAACACAAUGAUGUUCAUCGUUUCGAAAAGAUCAGUACAAUCAUCAAACAAUUCUUUUUGAGUUGUUCUAAAUCACAAGCCAACUUCCAAGCAAUGGAAGUUAGAAACUCAAACUUUGCCGCUUUCAUUGAUGCCUUUACCUCCAACACAUAUAUCAUGGUCAUCAUGUCAGAUCCAACCAUCGAGUCAUCUGCAACCCUCUUGAACAUCCAAGUUGCCAAAUCUCACUUUGAAAAGUUUAUUCAACAAAACAGUACCUCCUCUGUUUUUGUAAAAUCUGUAAUAUUAUAUUUAUUAGUUAAAACAAAAACCAUGGAGCUAAGAGAGAAUUUCACAAUUGGAUAUUACAUGUCUGUGUCAAAGUUGGAGAAAAUGAAAUGGAAUCAAUUUGUACAACUAGCAUGGGAUAAAUAUAAAAUAAAAUGUAUUCCAAUAGAUUUAGAAACAAAUAAUCUACCAUCAGUAUGCCCAUAUGAUGUUGUCAUUCAUAAAUUUACUGAUGAAUUGUCAGAUCCAAACGAUAAUGAAAAUACUAAAACUAUUAUUUCAAUUGAAAAUAUUUUAAAGAAAUAUCCAAGUUUGGUGGAAGUCGAUCCACUACAAUGUCAAAAACCAGUAUUGGAUAGAGUUACUCUGAGUAACUUGCUCGAUAAACUCAAUCAGUUGCCAGCUAAUUUCAAUGUUAAAUGCCCAUCAUUUGUGGUGAUCAAUGAGGAGCAAGCCGAUUACAGUGAACAGCUUAAAAGCAUAAGAUUCCCAAUAGUAUGCAAGACUGUACAGGCUUGCGGAUCAGAAGAAUCUCAUCAAAUGGCAAUCUUUUUCGACGAGCCAUCUCUCAGACAAUCGAAAUUCAAACCACCCAUGUUAAUACAAGAAUAUAUCAACCACAAUGCAAUCAUCUACAAAGUGUUUGUAGUAGGCGACUAUCUGAAUGUUGUCCAUAGAAAAUCAUUAAGAAAUAUGAAUUCAAAUGAGAGUGAAGCAUUAUAUUUUGAUAGUCAACAGCCAUUACCAGCUACAUUAUUACCAGAGAAACCAUAUGAUGAAUCAAUGGUUGAAAUACCACCAAGAGAUACUUUGGUUGCGAUAUCCAAACAGAUUCAAAAGGAUCUUGGACUUACAUUGUUUGGAUUCGAUGUGAUUACCGACAUUUCCACAAAGAAAUCUGCGAUCGUCGAUUUAAAUUAUUUCCCAGGAUACAUUGGUAUUCCAGAUUUUAAUUCCAUACUUUUAGAUCAUAUUUUAAAUGUAUAUAAAGAAAAGAAACAACAUUAA